AUGCCGCCUCCACGAAGCCCUGCUAAGAAGGCCUAUAUUCCACCGAGUCGAUCAUCUGGGAAGAACGCGUACAGAUGGCGACAAUAUCCAUUUGCACAACCCCUGCACACAUCUUGUCCUGGAGAUGACGGGCGAUGCCCAAAUCCGGUAUCUGUACGUGUGUGCAGAGGUACGAGGGAACCGAGGCAUGAUGGAUACUACUAUGAGGCGUGUGACCCAACAGAUCAUCCAUCCCAUACUCAUUGGAUUACAUGGCGUGAGGAUCUACCAAGAAUAAAACUCCCUUCUUCUUAUAAGACUCGUCGCCCGCGUCCGGAUGCCUCGCUGGCUGAUAUCAUAAAUGGAAAUGACGUACUCGAAGAAGAUUUUACUACAUAUCCUCCUACUCCCUCCAAAUACCCACACAGUCCUCACAAACAGGCUGAUAAGACUGGUUCCUACUACUCAGGCGGCGAAACCACAGUUGAAGAACUUUUUGUUUUGGACCACCCCGCCACGCCAACCAUCAAUCGGCGUGUCGAACUUCCCAAAGAUCCAUUGACGGAGGAAGAUGCACUUCAGUUCUCGCAGUACCUUGAUUCCGUUGAGGAACAGGAGGAACGGCUCUUCCAGGAUAAUGCUAUUCCCUCGCCUAAUCACUGUUUGUCCCUGAGUGGUCUGCCUGUUUCCUCUGCAUCAGUGGCCUUAUCCGAUGAGAAUGCUGGUGCACUUGAUCUACGCGUUAGCAAAGCUUCAUGGUCAGUAGGAGUAAAAACGGAGCGAUGGAUCAAUGGGAAGCUACGAUCCAUCUGUCCCGGAAAGGGGUGCGAGGGGAAGAAGGAUCCUCCGAAGGCUGCACAGCAAUGUAGUUUUCUUCUCUGUAAGUCGUGCUGUGCCGUAUAUUGCUCAGAGACCAGCAAUUACUGCAAGUGUCCAAGCCAUAAGGCUCCCGUUACAGAAGCCACUAUCCUUUCCACUCGUAUGCCAUCGAGUCAGUCAACUGCUCCAAAACCGGUUGUUGGUCUUCCACUGAAGCAGAUCCAUUACGAGCGCCGGGAAAAGGCUAUGCAAGACUAUAACCAAACCGCCAUCGCUGUUACGAGUAGAAGAAUCUAUGAGGUCGAGGAGAGUAGGACUGUCGACAUCACCUUCUGGGACGGGGAUGGCACUAUACAUGAAUUCUCCGAAAUGUCGCCCACAUUUCCUGUCUUCAAGCUUGCCGACUGUGCAGAAUAUGUUCGCACUCCGAUUGGACUGAACCCAGAGAUCUACUACUCAGAGACUGGCCGGUGGCGCCAAGUGAACAUAUCAAUUCCACGAAGACUUAUCCACGGUGAAAUGGUUUUAUACCGUUCGCCGCAAAGCUACGGACAGUCCUACAAACUUGAAGUUCCGAAGGAGAUGGAGGAAGCCAUGAGCCUUCAGUCACAAAUCAGAAGCUCCGACUCGAGCAGCAAGGGGAAACUGAACGUACUCAAAAGAAAGGCUAGUCAUGACCUUAAUGGCUCAGGACAUCACACUCGCACUCGACUAGAACCUAAUAAUCACCCAGAAUCUCCACCUUUCUCUCAAGUUUCACCCAGUAUGGUGAAUCCCAACCUAUUACUCGACUUCCCAUUGCACGGAGAACUUGAAUAUUCCAAUGUUCAGCCUGCAGUGACAACAUCAGCAAAUAUACAGAUAAUCAGGCCAAUACACACUUCAAACUUGCAGCCUCUCACUCCUGAAGAUAAGGUUGCCCCGCAAUCAGGACAUGCACCGUGGCCUCUGAAGUUUUUCCAACCGAUGAUGACAGGUAUUCAGAUGAUAGAGAACAUGUCUGACCGGGAUCUGGAGCUUGAGAAACAUAAACGAGCAUUUCCGACAUCAACUGCCGUGCCUUCCACUUUAGCCCGUCAGAUGAAGUACUGGCGGGCUGCAUCUGAAUCCCUCAAGAGUGAAUUUUUUUCUAGACCACGCAGCACCUGGAAGGAAUUUUGUAAUAAGGUCGAAGAUACAAAUGGUGGUAGUGUUCCAGGACUGAAGAGUCAGAAGAAGGAUAAGGAUAUCAAGGGUAAAGGGAAGGCAAUCGUCAAAAUGCAGGAUUUCGACGAGAUAUGCGUAAAGACAGAGGACGAGGAAAAAAAUGUCAUAAUCAUUUCAGACUCCGAUGGGUAA